AUGUUCUCUUUUCUGCUAGAAGUAUGGCAACAUAUUGCGGCUCUCAAGCCAUCUUUUAUUUCCAAAAGCCCCCAUUUCAAUUUCAUCACUGUACAUUAUUUCUGGAUCAUUGGAAUGACACUGCUCGGUUCUAUCUGUCUAUAUAUUCGAGGAGGAAUACCUUACAUAGAUGCGCUAUUCUUCGCAAGUGGUUGUGCAACCCAAAGUGGAUUGAACACUAUCAACAUCAACACCCUCAACACAUGGCAGCAAAUUGUCCUGUAUCUAAUACCGAUAUUCACGAACCCGAUCACGAUCAAUUCCUUUGUCGUUUUCCUUCGAUUAUACUGGUUCGAAAAACGAUUCCAGCACAUCGCUGCCCAAAACAAGCGAAACCGAAGGAGCAUCGCCAAAUCAUUCUCCAGAUCGAGAACCACUGGCGCGGAUACUGUAGACGCGGAGAAAGGUGUUAAUGGCAGAAACAUUGUUGUAAUGCAUGGCACGACAAGAGCCAAUGUUAUGCGCGACAAUCGGGAUGCUAUUGAUGAUAUCCAAGCGGCAAUCGAGAAAGAAAAGGCGCUAAACAAGGCAGAUGCUGUCAACGGUUCUGGAAGUAGUAACAUAUCAAGCACGGAGACCGCGAACGAUCCCAGUCCUACUUCACACCACACGCAAAUUAAAUUUGCCGAUCAAGUAAAAAGGAGCAAUGGACUGGCCGAUGAAGAGCUGCGAUUACCAGUUCGUCGUAGGGAUGAAGAUCAUAUUGCCUUCUUAGAACGUCAGAGAAAUCCAGAAGACAGAACUAUUCUUCGAAUUCCUGGACCAAGAGAUGCGGACGCUGGUGUUGCUCCGCAAACCGUUGAAGAGGAGGAGGAAGAUCCAGUCGUUAGGACGUUAUCUCGCAGAGGUUCUAUGUAUUCUCGACCUGAAAGCCAUGGUCGUGGCACUUUGAAUGGAGAGUCGAAAUGGCAAGAUCACUAUCCCUCAAGGAAGCGUAACGUUACAAUCGAAGUUCCAACACAUCCUAAAGUUGAGCGGGCGGCGGAUGAUGUGAAAGCUGCAAGCGCUACCAUGAAGGGUGUUAUGAGAUUCCGCAACAACCGAAACACCGAGGGCGCCGAAGCCACGGAUGCUCAGGGAAAUGGAAAUGGCGCAGUCAUGUCAAAAUUGAAGUCAAGAGCUCCAACAUUUCAAAGCAUCAAAACAGCUCUCACUGGCGAAAAGGAGGACCCCACUCCUUAUUUGAGUUGGGCACCAACCAUCGGUCGUAACUCAGCCUUCGUUGAUCUCACCGAGCAACAAAGAGAAGAACUCGGUGGAAUCGAAUACAGAUCACUGAAAUCUUUGGCUUUAGUUUUGUCUUGUUAUUUUCUAGGUUUCAGUAUAUUCGCUGUUGUUUGUCUAUUGCCCUGGAUUCUUAACAAUCGGACCUAUGGCUCAAUAGUCGAGCAAGAUGGUCAGGGCAGAGUUUGGUGGGGUAUAUUCACAGCUAGUUCUGCUUUUACGGAUCUGGGAUUUACCCUCACCCCUGACAGCAUGAUCUCUUUCAAUACUGCUAUUUGGCCACUUUUGCUGAUGUCGUUCCUGAUUAUCAUUGGCAACACGGGAUUUCCGAUCAUGCUGAGAUUUAUCAUUUGGGUCACCACAUUGUGGGUGCCCAGAAACAGUGCGGUCUGGGAGGAAUUGAGAUUUUUACUAGAUCAUCCUCGUCGAUGUUUCACGCUACUUUUUCCAAGUAAGGCGACUUGGUGGCUUUUCUGGAUUCUUAUUAUAUUGAACGGGGUUGACUUACUGUUCUUCAUUAUUCUUGAUCUUGGCAAUUCUGUUGUGACUGAUCUGCCAGUUAAUAUUCGUGUUCUCGAUGGUUGGUUCCAAGCUGCUUCCACAAGAACAGCUGGGUUUGGAGUUGUCAAUCUUGCGGAACUUCAUCCUGCCAUCCAGGUUUCUUAUCUAAUCAUGAUGUAUAUUUCUGUUCUCCCUAUUGCCAUUUCUGUUCGUCGCACGAACGUUUAUGAGGAAAAGUCAUUGGGUAUUUAUGGAUCGCCAACAGAGGAAAAUGAGGACGAAGGCGAGCCAUCUUACGUCGGUGCCCAUCUUCGAAGACAACUGUCUUUCGAUUUGUGGUAUAUUUUCUUGGGUCUUUUUAUCAUUUCAAUCGCUGAAGGCAGCCGCCUCCAAGGUACUGAUCCGUCUAUUAAUAUGUUUUCAGUCUUGUUUGAGAUUGUCAGUGCCUACGGUACAGUUGGUCUGAGUCUAGGAUAUCCGGGAAUUGAUGCCUCUUUAUCUGCCGAAUUCAAUGUUGUCUCGAAACUGGUCAUUAUUGCGAUGCAAAUUCGUGGGCGUCAUCGUGGUCUUCCGUACGAGCUCGAUCGGGCCAUCUUGUUGCCAAGCGAGCAUUUAGCAGAGAAAGAAGCUCUAGAUGCAACACACCGAGUUCACCGUCGGAAUUCCAAUGCGACAGCUGUAAGCAAUGGAACAGAUCUCGCAACUGUCAACACUGGCGUUCAAAGAGUCAAUACGGAACGUCCAGCCCCAUCAUCGAACUUCCUUAGCAGUCUUCUUCACCCAGGCCCGACUAUUCCAAAUAGCCACCGGAAUCAAGGUACGACCCAUGUUAGGCGGCACAGCAUAGCAACACCAGAAAGAGGACGAAGCGUCAGUCCAAAAGCUAGUGGCGGCAUCUUCUCCAAAUGGAACAGCUCCGAUAAACAUCAAAAUAAUGUGGAUAAGAAAAUCUCCGAAUAA